AAAAGACCCAUUUUAAUUGUUUUCUUAUUAUUGUUUAACAUUUCCUUUUAUUGAAGAUGCCUUUAAUUUCAAAAGAAAUAUGUUGAAGAUGUAAAAGCAAAUGAUAAAAAACAGUGUAAAUGUUUGUGAAGUGUAUUUUGUUUGGAAGACUUUUAUUGUGAAGGUUCCACUUCCGCUUUUUCUGUGAAGCGUGUCAGUUCAACAGAAACAAAAAAACGGUUAACAGCUGAUGCUACGGCAACAAAGGAAACAGACAAAAAAGACGGACAGAUAACUGUGUAAAGCUGUAAUUUGUUUUUGGCAUCUAGCUGGAAGGCGAACAGCUCUUACGGUGUGACUAUGACUGUGGAGUAAAUAAAUGGGUUGGAAUACCCCAUCAUAGUCCAUCAGUUACUAUCAUUGAGUCCAUCGUCUGAAUCAAGUCCGGCUGGAAUGCUACAGUAAGAGCUGACACCUACAUCAUCCCACGGUCACGCUGCACCACGGAGUCAUGAGGACAAGCAAGGGGCUGUGCUGCUAAUCGUUUGGCGUUGAAGAUCACACUUCAUCAGGCAACUCAGCACCAUUCUACGGGUCCACAAGACAAUCAUCUCGCAGCUGACUUAACAGUUGAUGUGACGGUCAGACAAGGUAUGGAACAUUUUAUUGAACUUGAGAAAGAAAAGGCCAAGCUUCAUCAGGAAAAGUGACUGCUCCAAUCAGAACUGGUUAAAGAAGGAAACAACAUCAACUUUAAAGAACAUUUGUCUCACUAAAUGAACAACAAAGAUUACAUUUGAGCAACGGACUGUUAUUUAAUUUAUUUAAAAAAAAAAAAAAAUUGUUGUUGUUCAGUUUGAUGUGUGAACAGUUUAUAUCGUAUAUUGAUUUUGUUUAAAAAAAAAAAAAAAAACGACUUAUGUUCAAAGUCUGUGAUUUAAAAAGGCAGUUCAUGUUGACUGAAUUAUAUAUUUUACUGUGAGCUACAUUCAAGUUAUUUGUGUUAUCUAUGCAUAUAUUCUAAACAAUAACUUAUUUCCAUUUGGGUAGUCUAAGAGCAAUACUGAAACAACUUUUAUUUAGUAUAGUUUAAUAUGGAGGACACAGAAAAUCACAAUUUACAAAUAGAGUUACAGAAACAAAUAGAUAACCUACACUGCAAAAUUGAAAGGCUGAAAUUUGCUCUUGAAGACACCUCAGAGACAACUGAGAGAGAACAUUUAGAAAAGGAAAUUCAAAGCAAGGAAGAAAUAGUAAAUAGCGUACAAAGCUAACUUAAAGAAAGUGUCCGACGCUCAACCCGACAAAAGACCCUAACUCCAAAAAUGCUUGAACUGCAAAAGGAGGAGGCAAGAAAGAAGGAAAGAAAACUGAUUUCAUCAUACGAAAAAUGGAAGGCUCAAGCCCGCAGGUCAAGAGAGCAGCUGAAGCUGAACAUCAGUGAAAGUGAGCUGGCGGAUCUGAUGGAUUCUUUGGAAAGGGAAAAAGAAGACGUAUUAAACGCUUACAUCGAACUACGGAAAUCCAUCACACCAGCACCAGAACUAAGACGCCACGUUGAUAGUUGUGAAGCAGUUACAGCAGAUAUUUUGAAAGUCAGCUACGAGAGAAUGACAGGCAUCUACGGAGAUUAUGAUGCACAGCAAGUGCAACAACGUCUUAAGGAACUACUGAAAAGCAGAUAUGCACGUUCCAUAUAUGGAUCCACUGUCUCCAGAGUGACAAGGUCAGUUCACAGUCAAGAAGGGACCACCUUAAUGGUUAAACAGGUGGACGCUGCUGCAGAGCUCGCAGCAAGGGAAGCUGAGUUUGAAGUGCUCAUGGAGGAAGAGAAACAAAGAGAAAUAAUAGAAGAGCAACACAGACAAAUACAAGUAGAAAAGCGCAGACUAGAACGUAUCCAAGCAGAAAAGGAUCUGAAGGCUGCUCGAGCUAGGCUGCAUGUCUACAACCAAAGUGUUUCGCAGGAAGGUAGCAUACAUUCAUAUAACAAUUCUGAACGAAAUAAACACAGCCUCCCUGUCACUGGCAAUCAGAAUCCUGUUGUAAAUAUACCAUCACCUGAUAUGAAUGUAUUAUCCCUCGCACAAGCCUUACAGGACAGCAUGGCACUAAAUAGACUUCCAGUCCCAGAGCCAUCUGUUUUUAAUGGUGACCCUAUCAGGUUCAUUGAGUGGAAAACUUCAUUUAUGUCCCUCAUUGAUUCAAAGCCCAUCUCUUCAGCGGACAAGCUGUUUUAUCUAAGAAAGUAUGUUGGUGGCCCGGCCCGUAAAACACUAGAAGGAACUUUCUAUAGAAAUGACAACGAGGCUUACAGGGAUGCAUGGAACAAGCUGAAUGACAGAUAUGGACAACCCUUCACCACACAGAGAGCCUUCAGAGACAAGCUAGCAGAUUGGCCCAAAAUCCUACCACGAGAUGCAUUAGCCCUAAGAGAAUUUUCAGAUUUCUUAAACGCCUGUCAAGAUGCAAUGUCGCAUGUAAAGAGCCUCGAAAUUUUGAACGAUUGUGAAGAGAAUAGAAGGCUAAUUCAGAAACUACCAGAAUGGACAGCAACUCAGUGGAACAGGAAAGCCACAGAACACAUGAAAAGGACCAAAGAGUUUCCCAGCUUCAAAGAUUUUGCCGCAUUUGUUGCAAUGGAGGCAGAAAUUGCUUGCAAUCCGAUCACCUCAGCAUUUGCCCUCCACAGCACAGAAUCUAAUGCUGCAAAACAAAACAAAAGAGAAACUAAAACAAACAGGGCAAAUGUUAUGAGUAUUCAAUCUGAGGCUGACAUUGAAAGGCAGAGGACAGCUAAAGGAAAGGAAAAGGUUCCUUGUAGUUUCUGUCAAGAUCUACAGCACAGACUACAUGGAUGUCCCAAAUUCAUUGAAAAAACCCUGGAUGAGCGAAGAGGAUUCAUUAAAGAACAUAAACUCUGCUAUGGCUGGUAA